GCAGCUGCCAGAGCUGUGCAGCCAGCUGAGACAGCCGAGCUUAUUCCCAAUUCCGAACGUCAAGAUUCCGCACUAGCGUCACGGACCACCACGGGCAGCUCCUCCAGUUUCAUCACCACACUCCAAGUGCUUUCCCACCUCGACUCUCCUUGACACCAGCUUCUGACCGAGCAAGGAAUCACCAAAUCUCCACUCAAGAAAAAAGAUGUUCUCCCGUGUUGCCCUCCGCGCGGCUCCCCGCCAGCAGCCCUUCAGCCUCGUUGCUCGCCGCACCUUCCAGAACACCCGCGCCCAGCUCUCGUCGCCCUACCACUACCCCGAGGGUCCCCGCUCCAACCUUCCCUUCAACCCCAAGACCCGCUUCUUCUGGUUCCGUUACCUCAUGUACUGCGUCGUCGGCUUCGGGUCUCCCGUUGCCAUUGCCGUCUGGCAGACCUACCGCCCCCGCUCUUAAACGGCUCGC